UGAUUUCCUGUUUUAUAAAAUCCCCAAAACACUAUACCUAAUAUGUGCAUUGGACUAUAUAGAAUAUACUACUAGUCGUUAUUCACCACUACACCCUCGCAUUCCUAUUAUUUCCCUCUACAAACAUGGUUGGCAUGUCAAUUUUUCUAUCCCUUGCACACCCACUAUUGAUAGCCAUCCUCUGCAUCUCUCUCUACUCGCUGCACACAAUCUCAUGCAGAUUCCGGCGAGAGUACAGCAAGUUUCCCGGCCACGGACCGCCGACGUACCCGAUCAUCGGAUGCCUAUUUUCCUUCUACAAGAACAGCCACCGCCUGCUGGACUGGUACACCGAACUCCUCUCCGAUUCCGCGACGCAGACGAUCGUGAUCCGCCGGUUCGGGGCCCGCCGGACCAUCAUAACGGCGAACCCGGAAAACGUGGAGCACGUGCUCAAGACAAGAUUCAGCAACUACCCAAAAGGCAAGGCAUUCACUGAAAUCCUGGGUGACUUUCUUGGCCGUGGGAUAUUCAAUGUGGAUGGGGAGCUGUGGUACACCCAGCGCAAGUUAGCCAGCCAUGAGUUCAGUGCCAGAUCAUUACAAGAGUACAUCGUGAGCACUCUGGUGGAGGAGGUGGAAUCUAAACUUCUCCCGAUCAUGGAGUCUCUGGCAAUGGAAGGUGAUCAAAAGGUUGUGGAUUUGCAAGAGUUGCUGAGAGGAUUAGCCUUUGACAUCGUUUGCAGGCUGUCACUAGGGAUUGAUCCCUGUUGCCUUGAUCCUUCUCUCUCCGUCUCACCCCUCGCAGGUGCUUUCAAUGUGGCGUCUGCGAUGAGUGCCAAACGGGCGCUGGAACCGGUUUCGGUCAUUUGGAAGAUCAAGAGAAUGCUUGGACUCGGGUCGGAAAGAAGACUCAAGGACGCCAUUGGAGAAAUCCGUGCAUUCGUCGCAAAGAUCAUACGCGACAAGAAGAAGCGCAUUUUCGAUGAGGAGAGAGCGGGAGAGGAUCUCCUGUCGAAGAUGAUACUGGCAGGGCACGACGAGGCGUUUCUGAGGGAUAUGGCGAUAAGCUUUAUAAUGGCGGGGAGGGACACGACCUCGGCCGCCAUGACGUGGCUCUUCUACGUGCUUUCGCGAAAUCGGGACGUAGAACAAGAGGUGGUCCGGGAGCUGGGAUUUGUUGAAGACGAGAGAUUGUCGAGCUACGAAAAACUCAAGGAAAUGAGAUACCUGGAGGCUUGCCUUUGCGAGUCGAUGCGGCUCUUCCCUCCGGUUGCUUGGGACUCGAAGCACGCGAUCGCCGACGACUCCUUGCCGGACGGAACGACGGUUCGCGCCGGAGACAGGGUGACUUAUUUCCCUUACGGAAUGGGGAGGAUGAAGGCACUGUGGGGGUCGGACCGGUUGGAGUUUAAACCGGAAAGAUGGUUUCCUGAACCGGGGAAAGAGGGUAGGGGAUGGUUCAAGAAGGUGUGUCCAUAUAAGUUUCCGGUUUUUCAAGCCGGUCCGAGAGUGUGCCUUGGGAAAGAAAUGGCUUUCAUCCAAAUGAAGUACGUUGUGGCUUCGAUACUCAAGCGGUUCGAGAUUAGACCGGCCGGUUUGGGCAGUCCGGUCUUUGUGCCCAUGUUGACCGCUCAUAUGGCCGGUGGUUUCAAGGUCUUCGUCCGCAGGAGACAGGAACCCAUCAUUGUCACAAGCCCCAAGAAUCGAUCAAACCAUUAGUAAUAGAAGUCAACGAUUUGAGCACCCGCGGCUGCAAGCGCAUUAGCAUGAGACAACUGUUUUGGAUCUGAGAGAUGCAUUCCGAUUACCAAAGCUCACAUGUGUUUGGAGUCUUGGUCUUGCAGUUAGUUUACUACAGUAUGUUUUACCCACGACGGGAAGAGACGAAUUUGUGCAUAGUUACGCAGCAGUGCUUUAUUCUAUGUAUAAAGUGUAAACAUCUUGUUCAGGAAUACGACGUAUCGAGGUCCAGAACUUUACAUA